AAUGCCCCCAAAGAAGAAUGGUUUCAUGGCAUUCGUCCAGGAUUGGCGUAACAGCGCAGAAGGACGUGGCCUGACAUUGCCCCAAGCUGUGGCACGAUGCGGAGGCAUUUGGAGUAAUAUGAAUGCGCAGCAGCGCGGCCCGUACAAUUCACGUGCCAAAGACGCUGAGAUUGCAGAACGCGGAACCAGGGAGCGCAUGACGUCCACUGGCCAGCUUGUCUCCACUGUGGAGAGUCAGCAACGUGAAGCCGUUCAGCAAAACACACAAAUGAAAUGCAAUAUUGAGCGCAUAAUUAUGAAGGGCAAGGCACAGUAUGAUUUAGAAAAUAGCAAGUUUGUUUUUGCCGCUUUCAAUUAUUUUGACAAAACGAAGGAUGGCAUUUAUACACCAGCUGAGUUUGCUGCUUGUUUAUUCUCUAUAAAAUCUGGUAAAAUAUCCGUCUAUAGUUCGCUGAUAAAUCCGGGUCAGAUUAUCUUUGGCCAGAGCAACGAUGCGAAACUUCAUGCGGAUUCCACGCAUUAUUUGCCUCUUCCCCCAAAAGCAUUGGGGGAAACUGAUAUGGGAAAACUAUAUGUCAAUAUUGUGCAGUACUUGCGUGGCUGCCAAGUCAGUGAUAAUCCCAAUGAUCCCUUGACCGUGUUCACGAGCACUGAACUAAUGCCUGUGGUGAAAGGCUGCUUCCGCUAUUUGGCUAGCGACUCGGAUAUACAGGACACAGAUAUUCUUGUCUACGACAUUCAAUAUCUGUUCUAUAUCCUGAAGAAGGAAGUAAUGGAAAUAGCCGAUUUAAAAAGCACUGGCAUUAAUAAGAGUGUUACCGAUGCCGUCUUCAUUAAUGACCAUUAUGAAUAUAAUUCGGGCAUCUCCUGUCAGUACCACGAAGAUAACGAUCGCUGCAGGUAUUGUGUACAUUCCUUGGUCUCUCGUUGGGCCUUUAUCUUCAGCGAUUAUAUGUGUGGCGAUCUCGCAAUCAAGCCAAUACCCGGCAAACAUUUGCCACCGAGGGAAGAGCGAAAGUUCCAGGUGAUAAACGAUCAACCCGAAGCGGACAUCACAAGCUCUUCUUUUGUCUCGUGCCAAUCGUCAGAGAAUAAGAACAAGUACUCCCCGACUGAUAGUACAGCAUUCGCCGCCUGCAUUAAUAAGGAGGAUGAUUUUCCAACACUGGGCGGACGUAAACCAAAACCAAACCAACGUCCUCCGUUGUCUAACAAUUUUAGAGCUACUUCGCAGAAGAAUGAUUGGAAUAUACCAACAACUAGUCGUAGUGCUAAAGAUUAGGACGCAGCUGUCAACAAGUUUAACCAGUAAUACUACUUACAUAAUAGUUACAUCGUUCUUAUAGUACUCAAAUGAAUUUAUGUGUACAUGGACACACCAACUUUUUGUUCAAUAAAAUAAACCGAUACAUCGGGUUGCAAUUAUAA